UCUUUUCCGUCGCGUGAUCAACACAAGCCUCGACGGCGGCCGGGAGCAUUUUUUUUUUUUGUUGGUAAGUGGCCGGGAGCAUCUCUGUUAAGCCAAACGAGGCUUUAGUUUCCGUCCACAUUCCACAGUUAUAUCCAGAUGGUCCAUUUAUGUCAUUGGUAGUUUCUUCUUUUUGGAGCAAAUUGCAAUGCUUUUGGUUCCAUUCCAAAUAAUCAAAGUGUGAUUCUCGUUUCGAAAUUUCAACAUCACUGGGUCUAUCCUCUAUUUAUACGUCCUUUCAUGUGCUUCCAAUAAUUCAAUGACCUCACCUAAUCUUAUUCAUUGUUGGUGUCUACAUCGACUAAGAUUGGCAAUGAAAGCAUUCUUUUUUCUCAGCUUUGUGUCUUCUACUUUUGCGUGGCCAAUAAUUUGCUUGGAAUCUAGCCUGGGUGCCUUCUAUUUGUUUGUUUAAAACAUCAUUUCCGGCUUUUCACACCCAUGAAACCCCAUAGCUUGAAACAAGCGAUUUCUUUCAUUGUUGAGGAUUUUAAUGUUACUGGGUCGAUACUCUUCAACCAUGAAACAGAGAGUGAUUCUGAAUUUGACGAUUUUGUUCUGGGUUUUUCUUUACGGCUCUGUGUACUGCCAGAGGCCUGCUGUCGUUAACCUUGGUGCCAUCUUUACUUUUGAUUCGGUUAUUGGCAGAGCAGCUAAGACAGCAAUUGAAGCUGCAGUGGCUGAUGUUAAUGCCGACCCUAGAGUUCUCGGUGGGACAAAACUGAAUUUGAUCAUGGAGGAUGCGAAUUGCAGUGCCUUCUUCGGUGCCAUUAGAGCUUUUCGGGUUAUUGAGAAAGAGGUAGUGGCCAUAAUUGGCCCACAGUCUUCUGGAAUUGCUCAUAUGAUUUCUGAGAUUGCAAAUGCUGUUCAAGUACCUCUUCUUUCGUUUGCUGCAACUGAUCCAACUCUGUCUGCUCUUCAAUUUCCCUUCUUUCUACGAACUACGCAAAGUGACGCCCAUCAAAUGGCUGCCAUGGCUGAUUUAAUUGAUUACUACGGGUGGAAAGAAGUCAUUGCCAUCUUUGUGGAUGAUUAUUAUGGGAGAAAUGGCAUCUCUGCUUUGGAGAAUGAGCUUGAGAAGAAAAUGUCAAAGAUCUUACAUAAAUUGCCUUUGCCUGUCUGGUUCGAUGACAGCCUAAUCGUCGAUUUCCUCAAUCAAUCUAAAUCACUCAGUCCUCGUGUUUAUGUUGUUCAUGUUAAUCCUGACCCAGGAUUAAGAAUCUUUACCAUAGCCAAGAACCUUCAAAUGAUGACCGGCAACUAUGUUUGGCUAACAUCAGAUUGGCUUUCGACCACUCUGGAUUCUUUAUAUCCCAAGAAACCAAAGUCACUGAAUCUUCUCCACGGAGUAGUUGGGCUUCGUCCUCAUAUUCCAAAGUCUAGGCAGACUUCGGCUUUUGUUUACCGUUGGAAGGAAAUGCUGCACAAGGCUUUAAUCACUACUGAGCUGAAUGUGUAUGGACUUUAUGCAUAUGAUACAGUUUGGACAAUUGCCUAUUCAAUUGAAAAGUUCAUCAAGGAAUUUGGCAAUGUUUCGUUUUCAUUAAAUGAUAUGUCAGUUGAUACAAGAUCAACUGAUAAGCUGCUGGGGAAACUCAAAGUUUUUGAUGGCGGCACUCUUCUACAUAAAAAAAUAAUGGAGAUAAACUUCACUGGUUUAACCGGUCAAGUUCACUUUGAUCAAGAUAGAAACGUUGUUGGUUAUGGUUAUGAUGUAAUUAAUAUAGACCAGAUGGCCAUCCGUACAGUCGGUUACUGGACAAGUCUUUCUGGGUUUUCAUAUGUACCCCAAGAGAUUUACAAAGAGGAUAGAGGGAUCUAUAAUUUCCACAUGGAUCAGAAACUUAACAAUGUUACGUGGCCUAGUGGAAAGACGGAAACACCACGUGGUUGGGUGAUUGCUGAUAAUGGUAGACCAUUGAUAAUAGGAGUGCCAAAAAGAGUCAGUUUUACUGAAUUUGCGAUGGAAAUGCCUGACAGCCAUAAAAUCCAAGGAUACUGUAUUGAUAUAUUCACUGAGUCAUUAAAAUUAGUCCCGUAUGAUGUUCCUUACAGGUUCGAGUCAUUUGGGGAUGGUCAUUCCAACCCCAGUUAUGACAAGCUUGUGCAAAUGGUUGCAGAUAAUGUAUUUGAUUUAGCUGUUGGGGAUAUUGCAAUAACAACAAACAGGACAAAGUUUGUGGAUUUUUCUCAGCCUUAUGCUGCUACUGGUCUUGUUGUUGUGGCUCCAAUCGACAAGUCAGAACCAAAUGCUUGGGUGUUUCUCCAACCAUUUACAACAGAGAUGUGGUUCACCAUUGGGGCUGCUUUUGUGAUAAUUGGAGUGGUCAUUUGGAUUCUAGAACAUCGGGUCAAUACAGACUUUCGAGGUCCUCCUAGGAGGCAGUUUGCAACAAUAUUUCUUCCUUCAUGUUGCAGGUUCAGCUUCUCAACACUGUAUAAGAAAAACAAAGAAACACCAUUAAGUCCCUUGGGAAGAAUGGUUAUGGUGGUCUGGCUUUUUGUAUUGAUGGUGAUAACAUCGAGCUACACAGCAAAUUUGACUUCAAUCCUCACAGUUCAGCAGCUUUCUUCGCCAAUCACUGGGAUUGACAGCUUAAUUGCUAGUAAUUUGCCUAUUGGGUUCCAAGUAGGGUCUUUUGCUUAUAGCUAUCUCACAGAAGACCUUUACAUUCACAAGUCAAGACUUGUUCCCUUGGGAUCUCCAGAAGAGUAUGAAAGAGCUCUACGUCGUGGGCCAAGUGAUGGAGGGGUGGCAGCUAUCGUGGAAGAACUUCCGUACGUGCGGUUGUUUCUGUCAAACCAAAGUGAUUUUGGGAUCACAGGUCAAUCAUUUACAAAAAGCGGAUGGGGAUUUGCUUUUCAGAGAGAUUCGUUACUUGCUGUCGAUAUCUCCACUGCAAUUCUGAAACUUUCCGAGAAUGGAAAGCUUCAGAGUCUCCAGGAGAAGUGGUUUUGCAAGAUGGGUUGCCCUGAAGAGAGGAGGCAGGACGCGGAGCCUGAGAAACUCCAGUUGAUCAGCUUCUGGGGACUAUAUCUUUUAUGCGGUUGCUUUGCUCUCUCUACACUUUUAUUGUUUCUACUGCGAGCAAUUUGGCAAUUUGUUCGAUACAAACGAAAGCAGAAGAAGGACCCUUCCCCUUCUUCCUCCUCGCCUUCAUCCAGAACUCGUCAUUCUCAACCCAUUCACAACUUUAUUGACUUCAUUGACAAGAAGGAAGAAACUAUCAAGAAAAUGUUUACUCGGCAUGAGAAUCGACAACCUCAACCUGAACCUGGGACAACUGCAACAAGAUGAUAGAUAUUAGUAUUGGUCAGAUGAAAAUUGGGACGUAAUCUGGUUUACCAUAGUAUAGCAUGCAAAUGCUAAAAUGUACUGAAUUAUAAUGGAUGGUUGAUGGAUUCAUUCAUGUAUAUCAAUCAUAUAAUUGUUAA